ACUAAAAGAACAAAGAAGGUUGGUAUCACUGGUAAAUUUGGUGUCCGUUACGGUUCAUCAUUAAGACGUCAAACCAAAAAAUUAGAAAUUCAACAACAUGCUAGAUAUGAUUGUUCAUUCUGUGGUAAAAAAACCGUUAAAAGAGAAGCCACUGGUAUCUGGAACUGUCAUAGUUGUCGUAAAACCGUUGCAGGUGGUGCUUACACUGUUUCAACUGCUGCUGCUGCUACUGUUAGAUCAACCAUUCGUCGUUUAAGAGAAUUGGCUGAAGCUUAA